UCCGCGGCGGGAGCGCGCUUCGCGGGAGCGGCCAUGGCGUGCGGCUUCCGCAGGUCCAUCGCCCGGCAGCUUUCCAGAGUGUUGGAUCUUCCUCCAGAAAACUUGAUCAAGUCAAUAUCUGCAGUUCCAAUUUCAAAAAAACAAGAAGUAGCUGAUUUUCAGCUUUCUGUGGAUUCUCUAUUAAAAAGCAGUGAUGACCAUUCGAGACCAAACAUUCAAGAUCAAGCCAUUAGAUUGGCAGAGAAGCUAAAAUGUGAUACAGUGGUGAGUGAAAUAAGCACUGGUGAAGGAACUGUAAAUUUCAAAAUAAACAGAGAACUAUUAACAAAGACUGUGUUACAACAAGUAAUCGAAGAUGGCUCAAAAUACGGAUUAAAAAGUGAGCUUUUUUCUGGUCUUCCUCAAAAAAAAAUUGUGAUUGAAUUCAGUUCACCUAAUGUUGCCAAGAAAUUUCAUGUUGGACAUUUGCGUUCUACCAUCAUAGGAAAUUUUAUAGCAAAUCUCAAAGAAGCUUUAGGACAUCAGGUAACAAGAAUGAAUUACCUUGGAGAUUGGGGUAUGCAGUUUGGUCUUUUGGGGACGGGCUUUCAGCUAUUUGGCUAUGAAGAAAAACUGCAGUGCAAUCCUUUACAGCAUCUCUUUGAAAUUUACGUACAAAUUAAUAAAGAAGCAGCAGAAGAUGAAAGUAUAACAAAGUCAGCACAGAAGUUUUUCCAGCGAUUGGAAGUGGGUGACUUGCAAGCACUUGCACUGUGGCAAAGAUUUCGGGACUUGAGCAUUGAAGAGUAUAUUCGAAUUUACAAGCGUCUUGGAGUACAUUUUGAUGAAUACUCAGGAGAAUCAUUUUAUCGUGAAAAAUCUCAAGAAGUCUUAAAAUUGCUGGACAGUAAAGGACUCCUGCAGAAAACCAUAAAAGGAACAGCUGUAGUAGAUCUGUCUGGGAAUGGCGACCCCUCCUCCGUCUGUACUGUAAUGCGAAGUGAUGGGACUUCUCUCUAUGCAACGAGAGAUCUUGCUGCAGCUAUAGAUCGAAUGGACAAGUAUAAUUUUGACACAAUGAUUUAUGUGACAGAUAAAGGGCAAAGAAAACAUUUUCAGCAAGUCUUCCAAAUGCUGCAGAUUAUGGGAUAUGAUUGGGCACAAAGGUGCCAGCACAUACCGUUUGGAGUAAUUCGGGGUAUGAAGACGCGAAGAGGAGAUGUUACUUUUCUAGAAGAUGUUUUAAAUGAGAUUCAGUUAAGAAUGCUACAGAACAUGUCUUCUGUUAAAACUACCAAAGAACUGGAGAACCCAAAGGAGACAGCCGAGAAGGUUGGGCUUGCUGCGCUCAUUAUUCAGGACUUCAAAGGCUCACUCUCUUCUGACUAUCAGUUCAGCUGGGAUCGUGUUUUGCAGAGUCGUGGGGACACUGGAGUCUUCCUGCAGUAUACACAUGCCCGCCUCCACAGCUUGGAAGAAACAUUUGGGUGUGGUUAUCUAGAUGACUUCAACACUCCUUAUUUACAAGAGCCGCAAUGUAUUUCAGUUAUCCAGCAUCUUCUCAGAUUCGAUGAGGUGCUUUAUCGAUCAUCUCAGGACCUUGAACCCAAGCACAUUGUCAAUUACCUUCUAACUCUAAGUCAUCUUGCAGCUGUGGCACACAAAACAUUGCAUAUAAGAGAUAGUCCUCCUGAAGUGGCCGGGGCUAGACUUCAUCUUUUCAGAGCUGUUCGUUCUGUUCUAGCCAACGGAAUGAAACUUCUUGGAAUAACUCCUGUAUGUAAGAUGUAAAUUCUAAUUUAAGAGACUUUUAAAAUAUUAAAUUCUGGUUAUUGUUUACUGUUUAGAAUUUAAAUAUUUUUCUGUUCCAGAAUCUGUAUAUUUUGUUACAUAAAUGUUAUUAACUG